AAUGGUUUGGCUCAAAAUGGCUGGAGAGAAACAGUUAUGAGGAUCGACGGUUUUACCAGGUUUUUAAGAAAAAUGAGCCGUUCUGUAGUUUGAAGGCGCUCCCUCCACCUAACUGGGGAUCCAGGGGGUGUAUGGAGAGAGGGGGACGGGACCACGACCCGGGCACCAUCCAGAGAGAGGAAGAGGAGGGAGCAGCUGAGGAGGAAGGAUCAUCCAAUCGUUGGUAGAAAGUGAGUCCAGCCUAUCAGAUGAAGAGCCUUCAGUUCCGGAGUAUUGCCCCUAAGGCCCCGGCUGUGGUGCCGUCCCCCUCCCCUGCAGUAAUGUCCUGCCAGCCUCAGUGUGCCCUCCCUGAGGCUACCACCGCCUCCAGCCCCAAAUCAAUCAUCGUGCCCACCCAAAACUAUGCACUGAUGCAAAUAGCAGGUCAAGAUGGCACAUUCUCGCUGGUGGCACUGCCCCCUUCAGUCUCCUCCCAGACACCACAACAGCAAGCCCAUUCAGUCCAGAAAAACCUGAAGUUACCCAUUCCCAGGUACCAGCCAGUGAGAAGCAAGGGGACCACAGAUAAGGUCAAAUCUCCACCACUCGCCGUCAGGGUGAAAACAGCCCCUAAGGUUUCGGUGACAGCGCAGACCAAGUCAUUGGUGAGUCAAGCAUCAGCGUCAAUGAAGAAGAAACCUCAAGAGACCAAGCACACAAAGGAAUCCCCCGGGCCCAAAGAGGACCCUUCAGAGCAGGUAAUUGUCAUUGACCCAGCCUCCUCUGACAUCUCAGUCACUGCGCUUCUACCAGACAAUGCUGUCCUCUAUCAGGGUUCUCAGUUGGAGCGAGUGCCAGAUGGCUGUGAGCAAACUGCUACAACUGGCCUUAUUCAGAACCUUCAGUAUCCCCCUGCUGCUGUUAAAAGCUCUCCAGGUAAAUCUCCCGAGGAAAAUAGAACUACAGUGAGGCUGUGCCAGUCAAAACCAGCUGCAGCCCAACCCCAGAGUAGUAUCACUGUCCUGUCCCCAGCUAUCUUCAGUAAAGCAAUCCAGAUUAUCCCAUCUCCACCUAAGGGGAAACUUCCCAUCCUGCCCUACUCUAAAAUGAAGACCACCCUCAUCCCAGCUGCCAAGCCCAACAAUUUGUCCCCAGAGAAAAAAAGUUCCUCCAGCCAGCCAGGACUCACCAGCCCUUUAGAUGCUACGUCCAAGACUCUCGAGACAGCUGCAGCCUUGAGUAACAACCAGGUGCAAAAAUCCACUUUACAGCCCCCGGCCAAGACCACACUCAUGCCUGUUCUGGGAAUCCACCAGAAACCACCUGGCAAGAAGAGAGGAAGGAAGAGAAAGACAAUGGAAGACAUCUUAGCCUUUGAGGCCCGAAAGAAGAGGUCCUUGUCUUUCUUCCGUAGAAGGGUUCCUGAGAAACCACCAGCCGUUGUUCCAGGUUCCAAACAAAAGGAAGUUGAUAUUUCAAAGAAGUACCGCAGCAUCCGACCCAAGCCCAUGUUGGUUAUGGAGACAGUUCCCCAGCUGGUUAGUAUGCCUGCUAUUACCCCAGAUGGCCAAGAGCAGGAACUUAUGCUUGGUCGUCAGCUUCCUACUACUGCCACAACCAAGGCCCUGGACCAGCCAGCCCCUGUAACCCUCCACCUGAGAGGUGGCUCCCACUCAAGAGUGUUCAUAGGAAGCCGACCGCUCCACCGUUGCCCCACCUGCAACCGCUGUUUCCAGUUCAAACAUCACCUCCAGAGCCACAUGAACAGCCACACCAACAGUCGGCCCUACAUUUGCCCCGUGUGCCGCAAAGCAUACGCUCACUCAGGCAGCUUGAGCACCCACAUGAAGCUUCACCACUCUGAGGUAAGACCACGUCGGUCUUUAUGCUGUGAGUUCUGCGAGAAGGCCUUUGGAUAUGUGGGGGUGUAUUUCAGUCAUCUGAGAGAGGUCCACAAGGUGGUGUUGACCGUGGAGCCAUCAAUCAGCCAUCAUGAGGAUGACCUGUCUGUGGAGGGGCCGAACUCACCAGAGCCAUCUGAUGAACAAGAUCGAGAAGAUCCUGUGGAGUUGCAAAUUAAAUGUGGCCGCUGCCAGGCCAUCACUCCCACCUUUGCCGACAUGAAGAUGCAUUUGCUGUAUGUGCACGGGGAGGAGGUCCACAUUCGACUUCACGACAGCCAACCCUUACGAGGGGGCCGUGAGGCUGAGAACGAGCUCGUGAAGCAUGCUGCCCACUAUUGGCGACAGUUAAACGAGAAACGUAAUCUGGUGAAGUGCGGCAGUUGUGAUGAAGAGUUCUUUUCCUUCUCCAAGCUGAAGAGGCACAUCAUGUCCCACCGCUGUGGAAGGGAGGGGGAGGAUAGCAGCAUCCUCUCAUCUCCAGAUAGCAGUGGAGGCUUCGGGGUCCUUGCAGCAGGUACAGCCUUUAACUGUGUGCUUUGCAGCGAGGUGUUGGACACUAAAGAGGUGGUUUUGGAGCACUGGAGAAGUCACCACCACUGUGAGCAGCCCGGCCUUCUGUGGGAUGCCCUGAGCUCCUACACCGGCCAUGAAGAAGGUGAGACAGACCGGGAUCUGGACACUCCAGCUCCAAGCCCACACUAGCCAGCCUAGCCCUUGGAUGGGCAUGGAGUCCUUCACUGUGGCUCCUCCUCAUAUACACUCAGUCCUAACAAUCAGCAGCACAGGGAUAGAGAGUUUCUCUUAUGUCUUUUAGCACUCGUUUCAUAUUUCACCAGUUGAGACAUUGAACUUGAUCCAAAAGAGAAAAGAAAGAAGAACAAAAUGUCAAACAAAUGAUGAAAAUUGGCCUUUGUGUUAAAAGUCAUAGGAGAUAUUCUCACUAGGUCAGAGAAUCCAGUUUUAUAAACAGUAUAAUUUGUCAUGUUACUUUGAUUGCACUGUUUUGUUUUUGGAUUUCAUUUUGUUUGGAGCUAUGUAUUUAAUAUCCUGUCAGAAAUUAGAUGAUUAUUUUUUUCUACUGCUUAUUUAAAUGUUAUUAAGGAUAAUUUAUAACCUAACUGACACAGUAAAACUGUUAAAGGGUCAUUUCACCCUUUAGUCUGUUUAGCCAUGGAGGCAAUUUGGUUUUAUGUGCUUGUUGUGGGAGCAGAACUCCAUAAAAAAAUACAUUUUUAAAGUUUAAAAAUGCAUCAUCUGUGAAUGCAGUAACAGUGAUGAAACUUUCACUUUUCCAGGUGGAAUAGGUAGAGGCCAGAACCUUGGUGACAGUGACUACGUACAGGAUUAGUGGUGAACUGCUGUAACUACAAGUUAAUUUUAAGCCACAAGAGCGCCUAGAGCAUCUCUCCAUUUUUUCUCUCUUCUUUAUUACUGUUUAUUCAUUGCUGCAUUUUAUUCACCACUGUAUGCAAUUUCUUUGAACAAAAAGUUACUGAAGAGUGAAAAUAAAGCUGUCUGGUCUAAUGAGCUUUGUCAGCUAAGCUUGGGUGUUAGAGGAACAAUAUUUUCACUUCAUUCAUGAGACAUAUUUGUGCUUUUGACACCUAUUUAAUUCUUGGUACAUCCAGGCAUUCCCUCUGUGGAUUAUCCAGAGGAAUCAAAUGGAUUAUUAUUUAUAGGGGCAUUUUAAGCCUUGAUUAAAUAGCAGAGCGAUGAGGUGCGACAAAUGCCCUCAGUCAGACAAAUUGUAAUUUAGUGGCACAAACAAGUUCCAUUCACCUAUGUUUAUGGAGAUGGUGUUUGAAAGUACAAAGAUGUCAUCCUCACUGAAACUACCAAAUCUGCAUGGCUAGAUGCCUCUGUAUGAAAACGAUAAAAUGUUCAAUUAGGGUGGAAUGAAUCUUGAAAGUACUGAGAAAUAUGAAUAGGAGUACAACAUCUACAUUUACAGAGGCUGACAGCUGAUCCACAGAUCUUGGAACAUUACAAGUCAAUAUCUGUACAAUCCUCUGAUAUAAUACUGCUCAUAUAGCAGAAAAUCUAACUUUUCAGUUAUGAUUUACGCUUCCACCUCACAGUCCGAUUAAGGGGCAGUAUCAGGGUCCUGUUUCAACUUGGACCACUGAAGGAACACUUUUGUAACCAGCACCCAAGUGACAUCCUUGUGGCCUUCUGAAAAAAUAGGUGUUCAUGCGUAAUGUGGCUUAUCAUCAGUAUGGUCCUCUGUAGGCCAGGUUCUAUCCUGUUGACUUGUUGAUUAAUGCCAACAUGUGUAUUCUGUGACAUGCCAAGGGUCUAUUCACACUAGUGAUUGUAGAAGUGAGUUUUGCAUUUAAGCUUUUUAAACCACUGACAGAAUACCGUUUGUUGAUUUAGUAAAUACGCAGUUAAAACCAUUGAAUUGCCUACCUGUUGUUGCCAGCUCAUGUAAUGCACCUGUGGAAUUGUGUGCACCCAGGCUCUGACUAGAGUUAAUAUAAACUGUUGUCAAGUCCAGAAAAAUAUGCUAUUUUAUACUCUAGAUUAAUAAAGAGGUCUUUUAGUAUGUUUAUGCUUGUGAUUGGUCCCUAAAGAACCGGCACUGAGACAUUUGUUACAUUUGCUUCUUCUGAUUUUGAGGGAUGCUUACUGUCUUGUUUCUUGAUUGGGAGGCCAUUACAAAAUGGCAAGUAGCUUGGUUAACAUUUGUCUGUGUUUAUCUUUUCAUAUGAAGAAAAAAAAUCACAGGGUCAAGUGAAUGUACCUGAAUGUUUAAAAAAAAAACCUACCAAAAGUAUAUAUAUGCUAUAUAGACUUAUUCUAUAGAUAGAAUGUAUAGAUAUAUUGAGAAUAUAUAUAUAUAUAUAUAUAUAUAUUUACAUAGAGUAACUAGUGAAUCAGCUGCUUUGUUCUAUCACGGUGGAGGAGGACAACCAGAUGCAUAUAUCAUUGCCAACACUGGCAACAAAAGCCAUGUAGAGCUGUCCUUAUGUGUCUGACACAAAACGUGGGAUUGUGGAUGAAGGACAAAGCACUGGUGUGUACAUGUCUGAGUGAGGCAGCUACAGUACACUUCAGGGUUAUUCCAUUUCAAAUCAUCGGGAAUUUUCUGCUCCGCUAUCUCUGAUUUGUCAGAAUUUUUUUUUUCAAACUGAAACAAAUUGUGUUUUCUGAACCAUAUGUAGCUGCAUGUCACAAUAACACAAAAAAAUCAGAUUUUUUUUUAAAAAAAGCAUAAUCACAGAAAUCAAAGCUAUUUUCAUUCAACUUUCAUAACUGAUUAAGCAGGGAUGAGAAAUUACAUGUGGGACAGCUAAUGGAAAUUAGCCUUUUGUUAAAUCCGACGUACUUCCUGCAACCUUGUGUAAACUAGUAUGAGAUUGUGCAUUCAUUAUAUGCACUGUUUCAUCCAAAUAAAUAAAUUGUACCACAAAAACACGCUGGUAGUAGGUUUGAUAUUUCAAGCUACAGUUUCACAAACACUUUUAUAAAUAUCAAUAUUUUGUUCUGUUAAAGUCUGGCGCAAAUCAGAGAUGGCCGAGCUGGAAAAAAGUGAUGAUUUGAGAUGCAGUGACCCUGUACCGUUCACUGAGGUCUGAGUGUUCAUCAGUGAGUUGUCCUUCGUUUUCAAGCCCUCAACACAAACCAGGAAGUGACAGAAUUAAGGGUCAGUCUCUUCUUUCCUCAGCUACAUGAGAAACAAACAUGACUGUCAGCACAAGUCGGAAAGUGAAAAAUCCCACAUUAGGUGAUAUAAUGUGUUUGGCUCACUUGGUAUGUUGACUGUGUCCAAAAAAGAAAAAAAAAAAGACUGAAAGUGUUCGUGCUUGUGACUGUUUAUGUACCUGAAGAACCUGAUGUUUAAGAGAAUAAAGAUAUGCUUUGUUCAAGA